AUAAUUAUAAAAAUACUUGUUGUCAGGAUUUCCAACUGAUUUGCCAAACACAAACAUCUUUGAUUCUCUUAAAACGAAAAAAAAAAAAAAAUGAAGAAUGUUAAAGAAGAGGAAGAAGAUGCUUCGGUGCUCAAACCUGGUGACGAUUUUUCAAAGGCCAAAUGUCCAAUGAAUUGUGAGGUUUCCAUUCUUCUUGUGCAUAGAUGCGACCAACUCAAGCAUAUGUCUGAUGAUUCUUUGAAACAACUUCCACAAGUGUUUGAGAAAGUGCUGCAAUAUGUUAAACGUUUCAGCCACUUCACUAAUCAGGAUGCUGUAAAGCAAGUUAGAGAGUAUCCUUCUUUCUUAAUAAUUUUUCUUUCACACAUUGCAAUUUGA